AUGAGCUCGCCGAUCAUGCCUGCCCACGAGGAGUUCGUGGCGCGAAGUGUGACCACUCCGUCCUUUGAGCUGCUCACGCUGAACCCCAGCGUCGACACGAUGAUAUCGGCCAGCGUCACGCGAACAGGUCUCUGGCAGCCGUCGAUCACACGGGUCGUCCAGGCGCUCGCGAGUCGCCACUGCAACCAGACGGACGGCGGUGCGCUCGCGGUCGACGUGGGCACGAACAUCGGCUACGAGACGCUCAUGCUCCUCAUGCACGGCUGCCGCGUCAUCGGCUUUGAGAUGCAGGACGAGAUCUCUGCGCUUGUGCAGCAGUCAGCCGCGCGGAACGGCGUCGCGUCUAGGCUGCGCAUGUUGAAACGCGCGGUCACGGACCACGACGACGACGUGCUGCAUCGCUCGGUGGUGACGCGCGGCAACUUUGGUGGCGUCGGACUCCUGCGGACUCCAUGGCGGCCUCCACCAAAGUCGGAAUCCGGGCGCGGCCCUGCAUCUGGGCACGGCGGCGGCGGCAGCGGAUGCGCGGUGCAGACGACGACACUCGACCGCGAGCUGCGGCACGCCGGCGAGAUCACGCUGAUGAAGAUGGACAUUCAGGGCUCCGAGCCGGCGGCGCUGCGCGGCGCGACCAACCUGCUGCGCCGCGGGCGCGUCCGCAACCUCAUCCUGGAGCUCGACCCGCAGAGCUUCGGCGGCGUCACGCCGGCGGUGAGCCUGCUGCGCAACCUCAGCAGCUUUGGCUUCCACUACGUGACCGAGCUACCGUAUCUCCAGUCCACGCUCGACGAGUUCCGCCGGCCGCUCGCGGCGCCGAGCGUCUGCCCGCUCGUCGCCGGCCCGCACGACAAGCCCGGCUGGGAGGCGACCUUCGGCGAGGCCGUCGCCGCGCACCGCGACCGGCGCGGCGUCGGUUUCACCGACCUUUGGCUGAGCCUCGAGCCGCAGCCCAUCACGCGCGCGGCGCGUGCCGGCGCCGGCACUCGGUGGUGCACCAGCGUCUGA